AUGUCCCACACAAUCGAUCCCGCCAUCCUCGCAGCCUUGGACCUAGACAAAAACAGCACCACAAUCUCACCUGUCGGGGGCUCAGGCUUCUCAUCAACCUUCAAGCUCUCCACGACAAAAGAUGGCCAGCCAUUCGACUACUUUGUCAAAACAGCCUCCGGCGAGGGCGCAAAAGUAAUGUUUCAAGGUCCAGCCCCUCAUCCAGCCUCCCCCCCUCCGCCUUCAAAGCUAAACAUCCUCGCCUCCUCACUUACAGGCGAACACGCCUCUCUCAACGCGAUCCACGACGCCGUCCCCAACUUCUGCCCCAAAUCAUACUUCCACGGCCCCCUGCAGCUCUCCAACAAGUACUUCCUCGCCACCGACUUCCUCAACCUUGGCUACUCCGCGUCAAAGGGUUCCGGCGUCUCUUUCGCCGCAAAGCUCGCCAAGCUGCAUACGACCCCCGCGCCCGUUCCCGACGGCUUCGACAGGCCCGUGUUCGGCUUCCCCGUGCCGACGUGCUGCGGCGACACGCAGCAGGAUAAUUCGUGGCGCGCCUCCUGGGCCGACUUCUUCGCCGAGAACAGGCUGCGCUUCAUCAUGAGGCGCAUCGUGGAGAAUCACGGGCCCGAUGACCAGGCCGCCGACACAGUCGAGAAGAUUGCUAGUAGCGUCGUCCCGCGGCUUAUCGGGGACGAUCGCAUCAGCAUCACGCCCGUUGUCGUCCACGGCGAUCUCUGGAGCGGGAAUCAUUCCGAGGGCCAGAUUGCCGGGCAGGGUGGGCGAGAAGAGGUUGUCUUUGACCCUUCCUGCGUGUAUGGCCACUCGGAAUACGAAUUGGGCAUCAUGAGGAUGUUUGGUGGCUACGGGGGUUCCUUUUGGAGCGACUAUGAGGAGCUCGUGCCUAGGGCAGAGCCAAAGGAGGAGUGGGAUGAUCGUAUCAUGCUCUAUGAAUUGUGA